AUGACCAUCGCCGUGGUGGGCUAUUGGCCCCACCGGGGGCCCGGGGGCGGCGGGGGAGCCGGGAACGGCAGCGUGGCCGGGGACACGAGGAGGGAAGUGACCGCCAGACGACACCUGCCCCACGGGGAGAAGCUGAAGCUGAUCGGCCCCGUCAUCAUGGGCAUCGGGCUCUUCAUCUUCAUCUGCGCCAACACCAUGUUGUACGAGAACAGGGACCUGGAGACGCGCCGGCUGAUGCAGGAGGGGCUCUGCUCCCUGGGCCAGGGGGUCCCCGAGGGCUCCGGCCCCCGGGACGGGCAGGGCCAGCGGGUGAAGCCCACCCAGGAGGGCUCACGGGGGACAGGGGUGAGGAGCUGUCAGGCCCACCCAGUGGUGGCACAGCCACGAGGUUAA